AUGCCAGUGGAGGGAGAAAGUGUGGAGGAGAGAGCAAAGCCGACGAGGAGCUACGCGUAUGUGCCUGAGGAGCCUUCUGGUCAACAAGGAGGAAGUGUGAGGAAGGAUCUAGGCAAGGCCCCACGGGGGGACGCUGGUGGCCAAGGUAGCGGGAUGAGGAGGAGUGUUUCCUUCGCGAAAAAAACCGGUGUUGUGGAGACUCGAUCGACGCCGUCGGCGGCCAAAGCCACCGCAGCAUCAGAUGCCCCUAUAGCCCCGAGAAGGAGCAUCUCCUAUGCCUCUGCACUACCAGCGGAGUUUAUGGACUCUAGUGGAGGUUUGAAAAUGGGAUCCCAAGCUAACGAGGCUUCAAUCGAGAAGCAAUUGACGGCUAAGAUGAUAUAUUUGAGAAAUCAGUACUGGACGGAGAUAACGGAGUUGCGAGACAAGAUGAGGAAUAUGGCGCCUUACAUGAUGGAUGCAGUGAAUGAAUGCUUGUUCAACGAGGAGCCUAGAUACACGUUCGAACCAGACGAGUUCAUGGCGGAGCACCAGUUGGAAUACGUCGAAGCUGUGAUUCGCGAGAAGACAAAGUUGGUGGCCACAAAAUGUUCCGCUGCGGCAAAGCUCCAAAUCGACAAGACGGUGAAGCUCCUGCAAGAGGCUCGAGCCAACUUGAUUCGAGUUCAAAAGAAGGUGGCGGAUCUCGAGGCCACCAACGAGGCUUUGGAGAAGAAGGUCGAUAUUCUAAGGAAUCAACUUAAGCAGAGUCAGCGGCAGACGGGCACGUCGAGAGGCGGCGGGUCUUCAUCGGGGACGGGAGGGGGUACGUCGUCGUCGUCCACGGAAGAGAAGGAAGAGAUGGAUAUGGGAGAGAGGCUGAUUGAGGCUGAGGACCGGAUAGCGGAGCUUCAGUUGAUGAUUAAUCGACUAGAGCAGGAGAGGUUCUUGGCAGAGGGAGAUGCGGAGGCGCUGAUGAUGGCGAAGAGUGGUAUGGAUGCCAUGGGAGCUCAGGAGGAAACGGCCAGAGUUGCGCGACUCGAGGAGGAGUUGGAAGAAGCUCGAGCGGAGGCAGCUAGGUGGAAGCAGGCGUUCGAAACGAGUGAUUUCAAGCUGAAUGUUGCUACGCAGGAUUUAGAUGCUCUGCAGAGGAAGUUCGAUACUGGUGUGGGUGGGCUGGAAGGUCAUUGUAAAGAUCUUGAAAGUGAGCUGGCUGCGACUAGACGAGCUCUUGAGGAGGCUAAUGAGGCUUCGGCGAAACGAAUAGAAGCGGCCAUGAAGUCGUUGCAAGCCGCCAAUGGUGAGCUCCAAAGGCAACUAGCUGAAACCAAGAAGGAGAAGGAGAUAUGGGAGAGGAAGGCUGAGGUGGCCGAGAGAGAGGCGGAGGCUGCUAGGGAGGCGGCGCUAGAGAAUAGGGCGAGAGAGCCAUCUGCUGUUCCGAUCGCCGAGUCUGCUGGGGGAGGCGGGAGGGAGGCUGAGAAGAUCAAACAGCUCGAGAGGGAGUUAGCACGGUCUGUGGAGAAGUUGAAGACAGUUCAAGAAAAGCAGGGGGAAGGAGAGUCGGUGAGUAUUAGGGAAGAAUGCGAGGAGUGGAGGGAACGUGCGGAACGGGCUGAGGCAGAGUUGGAGAAAUUACGGGCGGGGUAUGAGGCGUUCACUGGCUUUGAAGUGGGGUGGAGUGGUAAGCUGAGAAUAGGGGGGAGGAGGGAUGGUGAUGAGGAGACAAGGAGAGAGUCGCGUUUGAAGAGCCUGGAUGAGACAACUCGAAGACGGCAGAUGCACACCCCUGAGGAGAUCGACGGCGAUUUCUGCAGCUGA